CAUGGAGGACUCCACUGGCAGUAAUCCUCAGUCUCCCGGAUUUACAGAGAAAUUAAAGUCUUGGCUUUCAUGGUCAUGGACAUACGUCUGUUGUAUCUGGUUCGGCAUGGUCCUGGUCAUGAUCUACGUCUUGUGGGGUCCGCUGAAACUGCAGGAAUCUCUCACCUCAGCCACGGUGUUUUUGAACACCCUGACCCCCAAGUUUUACGUGGCCCUGACUGGAACGUCGUCCCUUAUAUCUGGACUCAUCUUGAUAUUUGAAUGGUGGUACUUUCGUAAAUAUGGGACUUCAUUUAUUGAGCAAGUCUCAGUUAGCCACCUGAGGCCCCUUCUGGGUGGGGUGGAGAGCAGCUCCACGACUGGUCUCUUCACGUCUGUCAACGGCGAUGCCGAUCCCCGUCCCAGCGUGUCAGAAUGCAAGGUUUGGAGGAAUCCGCUGAAUCUGUUCAGAGGGGCAGAGUACAAUAGAUACACGUGGGUGACUGGAAAGGAACCGCUAACUUACUACGACAUGAACCUCUCUGCUCAAGACCAUCAGACCUUCUUCACUGGAGACACUCAGCAGUUGAGGCCAGAAGAUGCGGUGAUGCAGAAAGCCUGGAGGGAGAGAAAUCCUCAAGCCAGGAUCAGAGCAGCUUACCAGGCUAUAGAGAUGAACCACGAAUGCGCAGCUGCCUAUGUACUUUUAGCAGAAGAAGAAGCCACAACCAUCACAGAAGCCGAGCGCCUCUUCAAAAAAGCUCUAACUAUUGCAGGGAAAGACAUCAACUUGCUAGUUUACAUUAAACGCAGAUUGGCCAUGUGCGCCAGAAAGCUGGGACGCAUUAAAGAGGCCGUGAAAAUGAUGAGAGAUUUAAUGAAGGAGUUCCCAUUGUUGGGAAUGUUAAAUAUCCAUGAAAACCUAUUGGAAGCACUUUUAGAGCUGCAGGCGUACGCUGAUGUCCAGGCUGUCCUUGCCAAAUAUGAUGACAUCAGUCUACCAAAAUCAGCGACGAUAUGUUACACAUCAGCACUGCUGAAAGCACGGGCAGUGUCAGAUAAGUUUUCUCCAGAGGCGGCGUCUCGGCGAGGACUCAGCACCGCAGAGAUGAACGCUGUGGAGGCGAUACACAGAGCGGUCGAGUUCAAUCCACAUGUGCCAAAGUAUUUGUUAGAGAUGAAGAGCCUGAUCCUUCCUCCGGAGCACAUAUUGAAGAGGGGGGACAGUGAAGCGGUGGCGUACGCCUUCUUCCACCUGCAGCACUGGAAGAGAGCGGAGGGAGCGCUCAAUCUGCUGCACUGCACGUGGGAAGGAACCUUCAGGAUAAUUCCAUACCCUCUGGAGAAGGGCCAUCUCUUUUAUCCUUAUCCAGGGUGCACAGAAACUGCAGACAGGGAACUACUGCCAACAUUCCAUGAGGUGUCCGUCUACCCCAAAAAAGAGCUUCCCUUCUUCAUCCUCUUCACUGCCGGCCUUUGCUCCUUCACUGCCACGCUGGCGAUGCUCACGCACCAGUUUCCGGAGCUCAUGGGGGUGUUCGCCAAAGCGUUCUUCAGCACACUGUUCGCUCCACUGGGCUUCUUCGCAGACAAGAUGGAAAGCUUCAUGCCAUCCAGUUUUUGGCAUCAACUGACCCGGAUCUGAGCACAGUCCGGCAUCUACAGACACACACACACACUACUCAAACUACCACUCUACAUACAAGCUGUUUUCUCUCCUGUCUUCAGCAUAUCUCCGUCUUGGCCGCUCCAGAGCUCGCUGGCUGCAGUUGUAUCAACACGGCCGUGCCGCGCUUUACAUGCUUCCAGGGGCUUUUCCAGGAAGUUCCUCUCUGAUCAUUUCACCAGUCUCUACUUGGGGAUCUGGAACCAAACAAAAUCUCAAAUAAAUGUGAUUUAAACUAAAUACGAAAGAACCUCCCAGCCAGGAUUCAAACUGGGAAGAGCCCUCUGUGCCCCGCGGGCUGGAUCGGGCACAUUGGACGAGUGACUUCUAACAGCCCUUGUUUCCACGUCGUAACAUCAGGAGGCCACGUUCGCCUCAUAAAUGGGUGCUAACUCGAGGAAGAUGUUUGUCCGUUGAUGUGGAUGAAAGUAAAGCCUCUUUCUAGCAAUAGAAACAAAGCAUAACAACAUAAUAAUGUGGAGUAAAUUUGAGGAGUUAGUCGGGUUGUCAGAAGCCUGUCACCAAUGCUAAUGCUAACAAUUGAUUUCUUCUCCUUUCCUGGGUUAGUGUUAACGUUAAUCCAUAUAAACCCAGAUGCAAAUUUGUCCGACACUGUGACGGGUUCUUCUGUUAGAAAACUAGUAGACUUUGGCUCAGAUGGCUCAUCUCUUAAGUUCUCAUGCUAUUUUUGUUUUUGUCUUCUUGGACCCCAAAUGUUGCUCCGACCAGAGAGAUGGGCACAGAUGACGGAAGAGUACACGACCAGCUAUAACAAGUGACAAAAGUCACUUUUUGCUGCCUGGUAAAGGCCGUCCAAUCUGACUGAAUCUAAUCUAUGCGUCUGACAACAUGAACUUUGUAGUUCAUUUAUUGUGAAAUCAAUUCUUCACAUUGAUCGAGACAACUGUCACUUAACUCCUGGAGUGAAUCAGUGCCUUUUUAACAAAGGGUUCAAUUGACAAAUGCAGCGAACAAGUAGUUUCACAUUGGUGAGUAGAUGCCUUAAUGAUCAGGACUCUGCUGUACUGAGACGUCACGAGCGCCGUUCCUCUUGAUGCUGGAGGCAGGAGACUCAGUUGUAACUCCCGCUGGACGAGUUUGAGACUCACAAUAAAUGACUCCU